AGACGGGUUGUGAGAUGCAGUGGCUGCUCCUUUUUGCUACAAUGAGAUAAGGUUUUAACCAAAAUAGGAAGUCGUGCAGUGCUUCUGUGACAGUGAGAGGCUCCUGCUCAGCGUGGAUCUAACAUGACCUUUUUUUUCUACGCUUUUGUAUUGUCAUUAUACCAUAUAACACUAUGCUUUACUGCUCCAAUAGAAACUGUGAUAGUUCAGGUCCAGGUGGGUGCUGAGCCUGUCAUGCAACAGGUUUUUCUAAAUGGAGUUGCAUUCACGGGACAAAACCUGGAAAUAAACAACAUUCUUCAAAGUAUGGCUGAUGCAGUUCUUCCACUUAGAGGAGUCAGUCAGACAGCAGAACUAAGAAACCAUACUGUGCUUCGAUCCCGUGACUGCAUUCUGGAGGGGUCUCAGCUGCACUGGACUGACAGAGUGUUUUUAGAUGGAAAGGUUCAUCUCAGUCUGGAGUCUUCUGAUACUUGGACGGCCCAUGUGCCACAAGCGCGGGUCUUAAAGGAAAAGUGGGAUCAGGAAGUUGAGCGAACAAAAAUGGAGAGAGUACGUCUUCAGGAGGGAUGCAUCCAGCUGAUGAAAGAAUUAAAGUUUACUGAGGAGCAAAAAGUUUCACACAUUCCAUUGCCGCAGUUACUGAUCCCUCUUUUGGCAGUUCUGGCUUUUACUGGUCUAAUUGUAAUCAGUCUCCGUCUUUCCAAAAUUGUGGGUCCGAGGCAGCCUGGAGGUGUUAUUGGAUCAGUUAUACAUUAUCCAAAAGACAUGCCUGAAGAAACGCAUGACAUAAAAGGAUUUGGCUACCACACUAUCUAAAGGAUUAUAAAGACCAUCCAAAACUACAAGAAAAAGUUUAUGUGUUUCUGUGUGAGGGGUCAAAGAGUUUUCAGGAGCAGUACAAGCAAUGCAUAAGUAUUCACAAGUGUAAGAAAACGCAUCAAAAUAUGACAUAUUUUCACAGUAUAGCAGCACUUUAUUUAUAUCAUUAUUGUUAUCAACCACUGCUGUAAAUGCUUUGUCUUGAAUAUGAAAUUUUGAGCCUUUAUGAAUUUUAAUAUUACAAGAUUUGUUUGACUUUAUAACACACGUACUGGAAGGAUACUAGAAAUGUGCAUAACACGGGGUGGAAAUAAAUAAGAAUUAGUUCAUCCCUUUCAAACAAAACCUUCAGUUUAAAGAUAUUUUGUAUAUGUGAUACAUUCAAUGUGUAUUCAUACAUUUUGUUUUCAUUCUUUUCUUGGACAGGUAUAAAAAACCCUCU